UUGGUGCACCGCCUCCUCCCCUCCCUCCCCCCCACGGUCCGUGACGUGGACGUCCCCCCUCUGUUCCGGGAGCGGUUCAUCCUGGGGGGGUACCGGCCCGUGGGCCUGUCGUGGCGUAGUUACGUCCUCAGUCUGUUCCAGAUCCACAACGAGACCCUGAAUGUGUGGAGUCACCUGCUCGCCGCGGUCUGCGUCCUGCUGAGGUUCAUGGCGUUCGCCGGUCCUGAAGGUCAGGGCUUUUCUCUGGACGUGUCCUCGCUGCCUCUCGUCCUCUAUGUCUUCUCUGCCGUCACCUACCUGAGCUGCAGCGCUGUAGCUCACCUGUUGCAGUCCCACUCGGAGCAUGCGCACUACUCGCUCUUCUUCCUGGACUACGUGGGCGUGGCUGUCUACCAGUACGGCUGUGCUCUGGCUCUGUGCCUGUACAGCUCGGACGCGGCCUGGACGCAAAGCAUGCUGGGACAGAUCUUCCUCCCGGCCGCCGCCCUCCUCGCCUGGUUCUCUUGCGCCACCUGCUGCUACGCGAAGCUUCAUUUCCGCCGUCCGUACCCGCUGCACCGGAAGCUCUGCCAGGUGGUCCCGAUGGGCGUGGCCUACCUGCUGGACAUCAGUCCCAUCGCCCAUCGUCUCGCCACCUACAGCUGGACGAACAGCACUGCGCUGCCUCUGCACUUCCUGCAGGUGGUGCUGUUCCUGCUGUCGGCCUUCUUCUUCUCCUGUCCCGUCCCUGAGCGCUUCGCCCCCGGUCGCUACGACAUCGUGGGCCACGGCCAUCAGCUCUUCCACAUCCUGUUGUCCCUCUGCACGCUCGUCCAGCAGGAGGCGCUGUUCCGGGACUUCCUGUGGCGGCGGCCGGCGCUGGUCAGGGAGUUUGGAGAGGAGCGCCUCCUGCUGGCCUGCGCCUCCUUCCCCUGCCUGACGCUCUGCUGCACCAUCACGGCGCUCGCCGUGAGGAGGAGGGCUCAGACUCAGCUGAUGAAAGAGCAGAGAUAG